CAUCGGUUGGGGAGAUGCCGAACUUGGCCGAUCUUAAACUUUCAUAUAAUGGGGGAUUGGGUGGUAACACAGGAAUGUGGGCGGCUAGUUUGCAGAGGAUGAUGCACCUUAAAUCACUCGAUUUAUCUUCAUGUGGCAUAAAUGAACAAGAUCUAUCUCAAAUUGCAUCAUCAGUUGGGAAGAUGCCGAACUUGGCCAAUCUUGGCCUUUUUUUAACUUGGCGAUUGGUUGGUAAAGCAGGAACGUGGGCGGCUAGUUUGCAGAGGAUGAUGCACCUUAAAUCACUCGAUUUAUCUUCAUGUGGCAUAAAUGAACAAGAUCUAUCUCAUAUUGCAUCAUCAGUUGGGAAGAUGCCGAACUUGGCAGAUAUUAACCUUUCAUGGAAUGAGGGGUUGGGUGGUCACGCAGGAACGUGGGCGGCUUGUUUGCAGAAGAUGAUUCACCUGAAAUCACUCAAGUUAUUGCAGUGCGACAUAAAUGCGCAAGAUAUACCACAUAUUGCAUCAUCAGUUGGGAAGAUGCCAAACGUGGCCAAUCUUAACCUUUCACAGAAUUCGAAAUUGGGUGGUAACGCCGGAACGUGGGCGGUUAGUUUGCUGUCGAUGGUUCACUUAAAGAAGCUUGACAUGCAAAAUUUUAGAAUUAACAGUCGCGAUUUGAAAUAUAUCGCUGAAUCUGUUAGUCGCAUGCGGAAUCUGGUGGAUUGUGAUUUCAGUAGUGACUCUGAGGUGUGGCGUGUACAGUCAGGGGUUAAUGGCAUAGAGUUGAGCAUCAAGAGGUUCUCACUUACUAUCAAGGAUAUGACGGAUGUGUUGCAGUCAUUCACUAAUCGGAGAGAUUUAGUCAGAUUGACCAUUGAUGGCGUUCGCGGUAUGGGUGGUUCCGCAAGUAUUUGGAUUCCACUCUUGCAAAACCUGACGGACCUUCAGGAGUUAGAGUUAAGUGAUUGCUCACUGCAUUGCACUGACGUAGAGCACCUUGCUGCCGCAUUAAGUCAAAUGCAAAACCUGGCCGAUCUUAACCUAUCAGAGAUUCGAACUUGGGUGGUAACGCCGGAAAGUAUCUGGAUCCCACUCUUGCAAAACCUGAAGGAACUUCAGAAGUUAGAGUAA